AUGGUGACGAUGAAACAAACGGAGACGCAGUACAACAACGGUUACGUGCAGGAAGAGUACAUGCUGCCGGAGGAUGAGUGGGACCGGGACCUGCUGCUCGACCCCGCCUGGGAGAAACAACAGCGCAAAACUUUCACUGCAUGGUGCAACUCACACCUGCGUAAGGCUGGGACUCAGAUUGAGAACAUAGAGGAGGAUUUUCGUAAUGGACUCAAGUUGAUGCUCCUUCUGGAAGUCAUCUCUGGUGAAAGACUGCCAAAACCAGACAGAGGUAAAAUGCGAUUUCACAAAAUAGCCAAUGUGAACAAAGCCCUGGAGUACAUCACCAGUAAAGGGGUAAAGCUGGUGUCCAUUGGAGCAGAAGAGAUCGUUGAUGGAAAUGUAAAGAUGACAUUGGGAAUGAUCUGGACCAUUAUCCUCCGCUUCGCCAUCCAGGACAUCUCAGUAGAAGAAACCUCAGCUAAAGAGGGCCUGCUGCUGUGGUGCCAGAGGAAGACGGCUCCGUAUAGGAACGUCAACGUCCAAAAUUUCCACUGCAGCUGGAAGGAUGGCCUGGCCUUCUGCGCCCUUAUACACAGACACAGACCCGAUCUGAUUGACUACUCCAAACUCAGAAAGGAUGAUCAUCUAGGCAACCUGAACCUGGCUCUGGAAAUUGCGGAGAAACACCUUGACAUCCCCAAAAUGCUGGAUCCAGAAGACAUCAUCAACACCCCCAAACCUGAUGAGAGAGCCCUCAUGACCUAUGUGUCCUGCUUCUACCAUGCUUUUGCUGGAGCCGAGCAGGCGGAGACCGCUGCUAACAGGAUUUGUAAAGUUCUUGGGGUCAACCAGGAGAAUGAGAAGCUCAUGGAAGACUAUGAGAAACUGGCCAGUGAGCUUCUUGAAUGGAUCUGCCGUACUACCCCGUGGCUGGAGAACCGCUCUUCCGAGACCACUAUGGCGGCUAUGAUGAAGAAACUCGAAGAUUUUCGUGCCUAUCGUCGCGUUCACAAGCCGCCAAAAGUUCAAGAGAAAUGUCAGCUGGAGAUCAACUUUAACACGCUGCAGACCAAAUUGCGUAUCAGCAACAGGCCUGCCUACAUGCCCUCUGAGGGGAAAAUGGUGUCGGACAUUACGAGCGCAUGGCAGGGUCUGGAUCAGGCAGAGAAAGGUUAUGAAGAGUGGUUGCUGAAUGAACUUCGACGUCUGGAGCGUCUUGACCACUUGGCUGAGAAAUUCCAGCAGAAGGCGUCCACCCAUGAGAGCUGGGCUAAAGGUAAAAACGAGCUCCUGACUCUAAAGGACUAUGAGCGUGCCUCUCUGACCGAGGUACGGGCUCUGCUCCGGAAGCACGAGGCGUUUGAAAGCGACCUUGCCGCGCAUCAGGACCGAGUGGAGCAGAUCGCAGCCAUUGCACAGGAACUCAAUGAACUGGACUACCAUGCAGCUGCAGCCAUUAAUGAGCAUUGUCAGCAGAUCUGUGAUCAGUGGGACCAGCUAGGAACUCUGACUCAGAAACGGAGAGAGGCCCUGGAGAGGACAGAGAAAUUGUUGGAGACAAUCGAUCAGCUUUUCGUGGAGUUUGCUAAAAGAUCUGCUCCGUUUAAUAACUGGAUGGAUGGAGCCAUGGAGGACCUGCAAGACAUGUUCAUAGUGCACAGCAUAGAGGAGAUAGAGGGCCUAAUGUCAGCCCAUGACCAGUUCAAAGCGACGCUGCCUGAGGCAGACGUGGAGAGGCAGGCCGUCCUGAGCAUCUACAACGAGGUCCAGAAAAUCACUCAGACUUACAACAUCUCUCCUAACCUCACCAACAUCUACUGCACCAUCACCCCAGCCGAGAUCAGCCUCAAAUGGGACAAGGUGAAGAGACUGGUCCCGCAGAGGGAUUCCGCAUUACGGGAUGAGUUAUCCAGGCAGCAAGUGAACGAGCGUGUCAGAAGGCAGUUUGCAGCCCAGGCCAACGCGAUCGGACCCUGGAUACAGGCACGCAUGGAGGAGAUUGCACGCUGCUCUGUGGAUCCAGGAGCCACUUUGGAGGAUCAGAUGAAUCAGCUGAAGCAGUACGAGGGUAUGAUUAUCAACUACAAGCCAAACAUCGACAAGCUGGAGGGAGAACACCAGUUUAUCCAGGAGUCACUCAUAUUCGACAACAAACACACCAACUACACCAUGGAGCAUAUCCGUGUUGGAUGGGAGCACCUCCUGACCACCGUGGCUCGCACCAUCAACGAGAUCGAGACUCAGAUCCUGACUCGUGACGCCAAGGGCAUCAGUCAGCAGCAGCUCACCGAGUUUCGCUCAUCCUUCAGCCACUUUGACAGGAAGAAGAAAGGAGGAAUGGAUACAGAGGAAUUCCGUGCAUGUCUCAUCUCCAUGGGUUAUGACCUGGGCGAGGCGGAAUUUGCUCGGAUCAUGUCCGUGGUCGAUCCGAAUGGUAAGGGAAAGGUGACGUUCCAGUCGUUUGUGGACUUCAUGACUCGUGAGACUACGGAGACCGACACUGCUGAACAAGUCGUCGCCUCCUUCAGGAUCCUCGCUGGUGAUAAGCCGUAUAUAAUGAUUGAAGAGCUGAGGCGUGAGCUGCCUCCUGAACAAGCUGACUACUGCAUCGCCAGGAUGCCUCUAUACACCGGGCCUGAUGGGGUGCCAGGAGCCUUGGAUUACCAGGCCUUCUCUUCUGCCCUCUAUGGAGAGAGUGACCUUUAAACACACACACACACACACACACACACACACACACACACACAUAUAUAUAUAUUUUCUUUUGAUUGCCAUGUGUUACAUGACUGUUUCUAGCACUCCCUCCUCCAGCAAUUUUCCAUCGUGACUCAAAAGCGUGUUAUCAAAUACAACACGGUGUGUUUCAUUUAAACUUUGUGCGGAGUGCUAACUAACUGGUUCACCAAUUACCAAGCUUGUUAAUUUACUACAGAGAAUAAAGUAGCGAUGUUAUAUCAGUAAAAACGAUACCUGGAAUAUUCGGUUAAAUAAAAA